AUGUCUAAUUUCAAAUACAAUGUAGAAGAUGUAAUUAAAAAAUUAGAACUUUAAAUUUAAGAAAAUCGCAAAAGAACUAAAACUCUUAGCCUUGUUAAAUAAAGUAGCUUCAAUAAUCAAAGUAAAAAAAGAUUAAAUACUAUUCAUAAUAUUCCUGAUUAAUUUUUAUUGUAAUAAAUAGAUGUUCAUCCUUUGCAAGAUAUAACGUAAAGAAAAAUGAUUGUGAAUCAAAGAUUAAGAAUAUAACAAAGAAAAUAUUACCAAAAAUUAUUUUCUGGUAAAAUAAAAUAAAACAAUUAGAAAACAGAAUUUUAGAAUCCUCUAUCAUAUAUAAACUUAAAACAAAUACAUUAGAAUUCCUUGCUCCUUCCUAUAGUGUUAAAAUAAAGAUAAGAAAUUAAAAAAUUAAUAAAACCUAGCUCGAAUUUUAUGCUAAAUUGA